AUGAGUGAUGCUGGUUUUGAAAUCAUGCCUGUCCAGAAACAAACCUGUGCUGGUCAACACACAAGGUUUGAGGCUUUUGUAGCCAUCGGAGACUACAAUGGCCAUGUGGGCUUAGGAGUAAAAUGUUCCAGGUUGUCCAUCAUGCCAGUCCAGUGAGGUUACUGGGGAAACAAGAGUGGCAAGCCCCACACCGUGCCCUGCAAGGUGAUGGGCCGCUGUGGGUCCGUCCUGAUGUGUCUCAUCCCUGCGCCCUGUGGGACUAGAAUUAUGUCUGCGCCAAUUCCCAAGAAACUCCUUAUGAUGGCUGGGACUGAUGAUUGUUACACCUCCACCAGGGGCUGCAUGGCCACCCUGGGCAACUUCGCUAAGGCCACUUUUGAUGCCAUCUCUAAGACCUACAUUUAUCUGAUCCCUGAUCUCUGGAAGGAAACUGUGUUUACCAGAUCUCCUUACCAGGAGUUUACUGGCCAUUUGGCCAAGACCCAUGCAACCCGGGUGUCUGUGUAG